GGUGGCGCGCAUCGAAUCGUAGUUCGCCGCCAUAUCGGGAUCUUCGCGGACCACUAUGAGCUUUGCUGCUGCGGCUCCCCUCUGUGGCUGGUUUUUGGCGGCUGCAUGCGUGUCUUCGACGAUUGAUUGGGGAGUAGGAGGAGGGGAUGGGAGGAGGGGUCCGAGACGGAGGCGUGUUUCGGAGGGCGCCCACCGCAGUACGGCCCCGUGCUUACGUGGCGAAUGCGCGAGGGUGAGAAGGCGGAUAAGUCGCGAAAGAACCCAUCGCUCGGACGAGGGAGAGGGCGUCAUGGAAGGGAGUAGUAUGGCCUUGAUGAUGCCCGGGGGGGGGGUGCAGGGGGCCGCACGUGGCAUUUGCGCGGGUUAUGUUGCAGCAACGACUGCGAGCGCGUCGUCUCGCGGCGCGCAGCGAAGCCAGCAGGACGCGUCCACCACGCGGGUGUGUCUGUCAUCUGGCAGUGGUUUUCCCGCGGCCGGCGGAAAGAGUGGGGCGGUGAUGUCCUCCGCCGCAGCCAGGAGGUCAUCUCCGCUGACGGCCGCGCAGCGCCGAACUGCGGUGAAGAGGAGCUGCCGAGCACGACCGCCGGCGCGCGCAACGGCCAUCGCCGUCCAGCAACUGGAGGAUGGCAGAGAGACUGUGAGUCCCGGUGACGUUGAGACGACGAAGUCCCCGCAGGUUACGUCGAGGAGGGUGGUGGUGACCGGCUUGGGUGUGGUCACUAGCCUCGGCUUGGAUCCAACCACGUUCUACAACAACCUCCUCGAAGGAAGAAGCGGUGUCUCCGAGAUUGAGACGUUCGACUGCAAGGACUGCACGACCAGAAUUGCAGCAGAGAUUAAGAGUUUUUGCGGCGAUGGGUACAUCGCGCCGAAGAUGGCGAAGAGGAUGGACCGCUACAUUAGGUAUGUGUUGGUGGCCGGCAAGAAGGCUCUGGAAGAUGGAGGGCUGGUUGGAUCCGUGUUGGAGAAGGUGGAUAAGACGCGAUGCGGGGUGUUGAUCGGCUCGGCAAUGGGUGGGUUGCAGGUGUUCAACGAUGCCAUAGAAGCGCUGCGCAUCUCCUACAGGAAGAUGAACCCGUUUUGUAUACCCUUCGCGACGACGAACAUGGGGUCCGCCCUCUUGGCGAUGGAUUUAGGCUUCAUGGGUCCCAAUUACUCCAUCUCGAGUGCUUGCGCGACCGGUAACUAUUGCAUCUUGAGUGCGGCGAACCAUAUUUGGAAUGGGGAUGCGGACCUGAUGCUGGCCGGAGGAUCGGAUGCUGCCGUGCUUCCAAUCGGAUUGGGGGGGUUCAUGGCGUGCAGGGCGCUGUCGACGCGGAAUGACGACCCCGCGGGGGCGUCGCGACCAUGGGACGUAGAUAGAGAUGGAUUCGUCAUGGGAGAAGGAGCUGGCGUGCUGGUGCUAGAAGAGUUGGAACACGCCAAGGCGCGAGGAGCUGCGAUUUAUGCCGAAUUUUUGGGCGGUAGCUUCACGUGUGAUGCGCAUCAUAUGACGGAGCCACACCCAGAUGGUGCCGGGGUGUCCUUGUGUAUUGACAGAGCGCUGGAAACCAGUGGGGUGCGGAAGGAGGACGUGAAUUACGUAAACGCGCAUGCGACGUCCACACACGCCGGGGACAUGCAGGAGUACCAGGCGUUGAUUCGUGCUUUUGGCCAGAACGCAGAGCUGAAAAUGAACGCGACGAAGUCGAUGAUUGGGCACCUGCUUGGGGCAGCAGGCGCAGUUGAGGCCGUGGCGACGGUGCAGGCCAUUCGGACAGGCCUUCUCCAUCCAACCAUCAACCUGCGUAAACCGGAGCCUUCGCUUGACACCGAUCUUAUUGUCAUGGAGAAGCCCGCGAGGAUGGACAUCAAAGUGGCGUUGUCCAACUCCUUUGGUUUCGGGGGGCACAACUCGUGCAUCCUCCUUGGCCCAUACAAGCCGUCAUAAUGAAUGAUGUACUCCGGAUUCGGAUGAUCAUUCAGUGAUAAAUACACACAUUGACA